GCCCAUUUUUCCAGCUUUUUUUCUGCUUUUUUCAGGAUAAAUGACCAGGAAAUCCAUUUCUCAAGAUGAAAUUGACAUAUAUGACCGCCAGAUACGUCUUUGGGGAAUUGAGGGGCAAACAAGUAUAAGUAAUUCCAGCGUUGUUCUUAUCGGUGUCCGCGAAUUGGGCGAAGAAAUAGGCAAAAAUCUGGUUUUAGCAGGUAUCGGAAGUUUGACGCUUCUAGACGGGGAAGAAAUCAAAGAUAUUGCACCAAAUACACACUUCUGUAUAAGUUCUUCUGAUAUAGGAAAAAAAUACGCAGAAGUAGUAUUAAAUGAAUUGAAGAGGGUUAAUCCGUCGGUAAAGCUUAUUGCAAGCACGGAAAAUAUUUUUGAUCUUCCGGAUGAAUAUUUUUCGUCUUUUGAUGUUGUUAUUUGUUGUGAAUUGGGGCUAGAUUUGAUGAUGCGUUUAAAUUCGAUAUGUAGGAGAUUUGGAGUAGCAUUUUAUAGUUGUGCUAUGUAUGGGUUUUAUGGGUAUAUUUUUUCUGAUCUGAUUGAACAUACAUAUAUCAUAGAGAAAAAGGUGCAAGAUAAGGCGAAAGAGAGUGUGAAAGUUCCAUGUACAGAACGCUAUUAUCCUCUUUCAGAGAUUAUUCAUCAUAAAUAUGGAGAAACAUUGACGCAAAAACGUAAAAAGAAGGUUUCACCUCUUCUUCCGGGAAUAAUGGGGCUAUGGAAAUUUCAGCAGAAAUUCUCACAUUUUCCAUCUAAUUCUCAAGAAAUAACACAAUAUCUUUCUAUGAUUAAAGAAAUAAACGCACAGCUGGGUCUAUCUGAUGAUAUCUUGGAAAAUAAUGUUCUUAUUAAUUUGGCAAAAAAGGCUAAUUACAAAUGGUCACCUGUUGCAUCAGUUAUUGGAGGAGUCUUGGCACAAGAUAUUCUCAAUUUUUUGAACAAACAAGAAAGACCAAUCCAAAAUCUGUUCUUUUUUAAUGGAGAAAUAUGUACUGGACCCAUUUAUCAAGUAUAAAAAUCUAAAUAAGGAUAUAUUCUAAUUACUAAAAAUCACAAUUGGC